CACUUGUUUAUUUCUUUCUUUUGAAUCAUCUUAGUGUUCCUAAUAAUAGCCAGAUGUAUUAUUUUGGUUCCUGUUGUUUUGUGCAAUGAGCUAUCAAUAAACAGGAAGAAGACAGAGAGUUAGAAUUGAUAAAGAAGGCACCUUUUCAGGCUCUAUUUAAGGUCAUCUACUAGCUGGUAGGAGGUGAGAGAUCAGUGAGAGAAUAGAAGGAGUUAAGAGAAGCUUUCUAAACAACCAUGGGUUUUUUUAAGCUUCUCAUCACUGCUUCAAUGCCUGUUCUGAAUGUGCUUCUGAUCACUGGCCUUGGAUCAUUUCUAGCAACCGGACAAGUCGGCAUCCUGUGUAAGGACGCAAGAAAGCAUUUGAACAAUGUUGUGUUCUUCGUAUUCAAUCCAGCUCUUCUCUCGACGAACUUAGCCCGGACAAUUACAUUGAAGAGCAUAGCUUUGUUGUGGUUCAUGCCAAUUAAUAUUCUUCUCACAUUUCUUCUUGGUUCUUUACUUGGAUGGGCUGUUAUCUAUCUCACAAAAACUCCUCCGCGCUUAAAAGGCCUAGUUUUAGGUUGCUGUGCAGCUGGAAAUAUGGGCAACAUGCUCCUUAUCAUCAUCCCAACAAUCUGCAAAGAAAAAGGCAGUCCUUUCAGAGAUCCUGAUGUUUGUUACAAAUUCGGCAUGGCAUAUGUGUCUCUCUCUAUGGCUAUCGGAGCGAUUUUUCUAUGGUCUUAUGUCUACAAUAUGGUUCGAAUAUCUUCAAAUUCUAUUGGAGAAAAAAUAAUUGACAAUCCUCAACAUACUCCUAAGCUUCCAGAUGAGAAUACAGAUGAUAAACCUUCGUCGCAGAGUGAGUUGAUAUCUGAUUGUCCAGCUGAACAACGGCUUCCUAUAACUGUAUCUGCAGAAUCUUCAACUAAGACUAAGGUAUCAAGCCUGACUCAUUUUAAAAACAAAUUGUCAAAUAUUGGAGAUGUAAUCAAAUUGAAAAAAAUGUUUAACCCCUCAACCAUCGGAUUGAUUGUCGGGUUUUUUAUUGGUAUAACUCCCCCAUUUAGAAAAGCAAUUAUUGGUGAUACCGCUCCUCUUCGGGUUAUCCAAGAAUCAGCAUCUUUGCUGGGAAACGGUGCGAUACCAACAGUCACUCUGAUAAUGGGAGGAAACCUUCUAAGAGGUUUACGUGGAUCAGGCACAAAAUAUUCGAUCAUUUUCGGAGUUAUUGUUGUCCGCUAUGUUAUAUUGCCUCUAAUAGGCGUGGUUAUCGUCCGAGGAGCAAUUCACAUGGGCUUAGUAUAUUCUGAUCCUUUGUUUCAGUUCAUUCUUCUGCUCCAAUAUGCUGUUCCACCGGCAAUGAACAUAAGUACAAUUACUCAAUUGUUUGGUGCUGGUGAAAAUGAGUGCUCUGUUAUUUUCUUAUGGGUAUACGGCUUCGCGUCGGUUUCACUCACCCUUUGGUCAACAUUCUUCAUGUGGCUGCUGUCACAUUAAUCCGGCUUCAUGGCAGCAGAAUUACGCGCUCCCGACUUGAUUUCAUCGAUCUUCAUGGGCAAUUUACUCAUCAUAUCAUAUAUCUAAAUGCAAUAUGUCUUCUGACUAGUAAGUUUCCAUUGAAAAUUAAAUGGUGAUCUUUAAAUCUGUUACAUUGUAUCUUCUUGUAUGAAUGCCAGAUAAUA